GAUACGGCCCCCGCCCCGCGACGCGGUAUUCAUAUCUGCCACGGCCUUAUCGGUCCAGAGCAGCCGACAUCCAGACGCGAAGGUCCCCAAUCCCCCACACGCGAGACGUUGGCGCCCCCGGCUGCCCCCUCCCCCUCGCCGCCGCCUCCCUCCUCGGUCAGCUAAAAUGUCUGACAGCCAUGAGACCGAUAGGAACAUUGAGAUUUGGAAGAUUAAGAAGCUAAUCAAGGCUCUGGAGUCAGCUAGAGGCAAUGGCACGAGCAUGAUCUCUCUUAUUAUGCCACCACGUGACCAGGUUGCUCGAGUGGCGAAGAUGUUAGGUGAUGAAUACGGUACUGCUUCAAACAUCAAGAGUAGGGUCAAUCGUCAAUCUGUGUUGGCUGCCAUCACCUCAGCUCAGCAGAGGCUGAAGCUCUAUAACAAAGUCCCUUCAAAUGGUUUGGUUCUCUACACUGGAACCAUUGUUACUGAUGAUGGAAAGGAAAAGAAGGUAACUAUUGAUUUUGAGCCCUUCAAGCCUAUUAAUGUGUCACUGUACCUUUGUGACAACAAGUUCCACACUGAGGCUUUGAAUGAGCUCUUGGAAUCCGAUGACAAGUUUGGAUUCAUUGUCAUGGAUGGUAAUGGUACUCUUUUUGGCACACUAAGUGGCAACACUCGAGAAGUGCUUCACAAAUUCACUGUUGAUCUCCCAAAGAAGCAUGGUAGAGGAGGACAGUCUGCUCUGCGUUUUGCUCGGCUUCGGAUGGAGAAACGCCAUAACUAUGUCCGCAAAACAGCUGAGCUUGCCACUCAGUUCUUCAUUAAUCCGGCUACGAGUCAGCCUAAUGUUGCAGGGCUGAUUCUUGCUGGUUCUGCUGAUUUUAAGACAGAGUUGAGCCAAUCUGACAUGUUUGAUCAGCGACUUCAAGCCAAGAUACUUAAUGUGGUUGAUGUUUCUUAUGGAGGUGAGAAUGGUUUUAACCAAGCUAUUGAGUUGUCAGCUGAGAUCCUAGCAAAUGUGAAGUUCAUACAAGAGAAGAAGUUGAUUGGCAAGUAUUUCGAAGAGAUCAGUCAAGAUACUGGGAAAUAUGUCUUUGGUGUUGAUGACACCCUGAAGGCUCUUGAAAUGGGUGCUGUGGAGACCCUGAUUGUGUGGGAGAAUCUGGAUAUCAACAGGUAUCUGCUCAAGAACAGUGUCUCCGGGGAAACUGUUAUAAAACAUCUGAACAAGGAGCAGGAAGCUGAUCAGAGUAAUUUCCGUGAUCCAUCCACUAACGCUGAGCUGGAAGUUCAGGAAAAGCUGUCUCUGUUGGAAUGGUUUGCUAAUGAGUACAAGAAGUUUGGUUGCUCUCUCGAAUUUGUCACUAACAAAUCUCAAGAGGGAUCACAGUUCUGUAGAGGAUUUGGUGGCAUUGGUGGUAUGUUGCGCUACCAGCUGGAUAUCCGGUCUUUUGAUGAGCUUUCCGACGAUGAGGGUUUGUACGAAGAUUCUGACUAGCAAUCAGCCAACCUCAUGCCUGUGCUGGCCCAUGGAAGGACGCCACUGCUGCAGCAGCUCGGUUUUGCUACACUUACGCAGGAAUAAUCGAGAAGCAGCUAUCCAGAGAUUGAUGGGCAUGGGCCAGCAUCGUCCUCCUGGAGGAGCUUGAAACCAAAUGAUUAUGAGUUACCAUCAUGGCACUGAAGUGGCAAGAAGUUACCGUACUUAAAAGGCUAUUUGAUUUCGAGCAAACCAUCAUCUCAGUAAUGUGAAGAAGUUACCCUACUUAAAGUGCUAUUUAGAAAUGUGUCAAGAAGUAACCGCACUUGAAGGCUAACGCUAGUUAUAGCUUUCCUUCGUGCUUCUAUGCUAUUUUAUCGACUUCUGUGAGUCUGAAUGUGUCCCAAGUUCAGGAUUCUAGUGGUUGCUUGAAUGCUUUGUGAAAGUACUUGCAUGCUGCUGCUAUUGCAGUUUUUGCAAUGGAAACAUUAUGUGCUAUUCUA